ACGUGAGAAAAAAAAAAAGGUUUCCGUAUUAAAUUAUAAUUAAAAAUUCAAAAUAAGAAACUCAGUCUCAUCAAUUUCUAUUGUUUUUCCGCUCUACUUUCUUUCUAUUUCUCUGAAAACAGAAGCCCUAAAAUAAAAUUUGCAUCUACGAAGGAAAUUUCCAUCUCUGGAAAAUCAUCGAGUUCACUCACAUUAUUAUGAAAUCAUUGCCGUCGCUUUGACCACCAAUGGCUUUGAUCUUGCACACCAAUCGCUGCAUGCACAAGCCGUAACAACAACGAGAAGAAGUCAAUCUAUGUUUAAUGAUGAGAUUAGGCUUGAUUAUUUCUCUGGAUGCGUGGUACUAGGUACAGGAUAAAUGCACGUGAGCGGGGAUCUCGGGUUUUCUUGCCUGGUCCUUGUGGUUAGUUUAGUUUUGCCCGUGAUCGGCCUUAUUAUUCGCCGGAAAUGGCGGCUAUCUAUUGCCAGAGGGGAGGAGAUCAAGAGGCUGCUGAUUUUGGCCUCAGAGGAGGCCGCUAGAGCUGAGCUUGAGGCGACUCUCGGCUACGCUACCGUUUCAGUUCCGCAGUAUCCUCAAUGCGCUGUUUGUUUCUCUCCAACUACCACGCGCUGUGCCCAGUGCAAAGCUGUUCGUUACUGUUCUGGUAAGUGCCAAAUUAUUCACUGGAGACAAGGCCAUAAGGAUGAAUGCUAUCCUUCCAGCAUCACUCAGGACAAUAUUGAUGAAGCUGCCUAUUCUACUGGGCAGGAGGAACGUGAACUUGAUGUUGAUAGAUUUAAGUUUGAAGGCAGACAGCCUCCAACAUCAAUUGAUAUAUCAUCUGUGGAAUCUGCAAUGUCUUAUACCAGUACCUCUCCUGAAGUUCCAUAUGGAAAGGAUAAUGAUGUAAAAGUUGAACUUCAUGCAGAUGGGGAAGGAGCAAGUCCAACUUGUGAAUAUUCUGAUACAUCAUUCUCUGGAUUUUCUGCUUCCCAUACCGGUAGUGACUCAUCAGAUGAUGUUUCUGUCUGUGAGAGCAUUAGUUCAAAUGAGUCUGAGAAACUGGAUGGACCUCUAUCUGCUGGUAUCUGUGUUGAUAUGCUUGAGACUGUUUCCAGUGUCAAGAAUCUGAAUCAGAUCAAGCCAUUAUCCCCUAAAUUUGCUAGUUUGGUCAAUUCUGUCAAUAAUUUCACUAAUUUAAAUAAAUUAAGUCAGAUUAAACCAAGUUCUAGUGGAGAGGGUACUAGUUAUUCAGGUUUGAACAUCGGUCAGAUGCAUGAGGAUUCAAAUGCUGAAAGUUGCACAGUGUCUUCUGGUUUCUGGGGUAGAGCACUAGAGUCUACAACAGAUGCUUAUGAUGAUUCUUCUUUGUCCAACUCCCCUUCAUGUUCGUCGAAUUUGCCCCCUUCCCCCUCAUUGUCUGUCAGGGGUCCUGAGGUGAAGGGGAUUGUAUCAGAUGAUGCUCUUCCAGAAGCUUCAGGAAGGUCCAAAGAUAGAGUAACUAAAACGAGUAAUGUUGAUUUUUCACAAGUCAGGAGCUCCCCAUCCUUGAACUGCAAAUCAUCUAGCCUCACAGUAAAUGGAACUAAUGUUGGUUCGCAUGCAUCAAAGUCAGGGGAAGUAAAAGCUUCAGUAUCUUUCUCUUCUCAUGCUCACCCUUCAUCUAGUGUUAGAAAAGAUUCAAUAAGUGUGGAUGCUUCAAAUAGCAGCAGCUUGCAAUCUUCUAACUUGGAAAAGUCAAAUAAUGUGAUUAAUGAUAAUGGUGGUUCUUCACAUCAUGUUGAAGUGCAUUCAGUUCCAAGUGUGAGAUCUGGCAGAAUCAACGAUGUUCAUGCAACCUCUCCAUUGUUCUUUCGGGUUAAAAACUGCUCUUCAAAUGAUGAAAAUGGGUUAAAGACAUCUCUAUGGAAAGCUGUUGAUCAGUUAAGAUCUAAAUCAUUGAAGCAACAUCCAACUGGGGUUGGGAGUGAGACUGCUGGAAGAUACAGUGACAAGGGGCUAUUCUCAUAUGAAUUAUUUGUCAAACUAUAUAAUUGGAACAAGGUAGAAUUGCAGCCGUGUGGCCUCAUAAAUUGUGGGAAUAGCUGUUAUGCUAAUGCUGUACUUCAGUGCUUGACAUUUACUCCUCCUCUGACUGCUUACUUCACUCAGGGACUCCAUUCCAAAGAAUGUGUGAAGAAAGAAUGGUGUUUCACCUGUGAGUUUGAAAAUCUAAUAUUGAAGGCAAAAGAAGGAAAAUCCCCUUUGUCUCCCAUUGGGAUUUUAUCACAACUCCAAAGUAUUGGAAGCAAACUUGGUAAUGGGAGAGAAGAAGAUGCACAUGAAUUUCUAAGGUAUGCUAUUGAUACAAUGCAAUCUGUUUGCCUUAAGGAAGCUAGGGUUAAUGACUCCUGUCUUUUGGAAGAGGAAACAACCCUCAUCGGCCUUACAUUUGGAGGUUAUCUUCGAUCAAAGAUAAAAUGCAUGAAAUGCCAAGGCAAGUCGGAACGACAGGAAAGGAUGAUGGAUCUUACUGUUGAGAUAGGAGGGGACAUACGAAGCUUAGAAGAGGCUCUUCGGCAAUUUUCUGGUACAGAGAUUCUGGAUGGGGACAAUAUGUACCAAUGUGGAAGAUGCAAAUCUUAUCAAAAGGCCAAGAAGAAGUUGACUAUACUAGAGGCUCCUAAUAUUCUUACAAUUGCAUUAAAGCGAUUUCAGUCUGGCAAAUUUGGAAAGCUCAAUAAAUCUAUUCAGUUCCCAGAAAUACUGGACCUGGCACCAUAUAUGAGUGGAACAAGCGAUAAGUCACCUAUAUAUAGGCUUUAUGGAGUUGUGGUCCACUUGGAUAUUAUGAAUGCUGCGUUUUCUGGACACUAUGUGUGCUACGUAAAAAGUAUCAAAAACAAGUGGUUCAAAAUUGACGAUAACACGGUAACACCUGUGGAACGUGAAAAGGUGCUAACAGAGGGGGCAUAUAUGCUCCUUUAUGCAAGGUGCUCUCCCAGGGCUUCUAGAUUGAUAAGGAACAGAAUAAUUUCGUCUGAUCUGAAAAGUAAAGUGAUUCCUUCCUGGGUAACUGGAAAGAGUACUACGUCAAAGUUAAGAUCCCCUUCCAUGCAUUCUAGUGCCGAUCAGUCUUAUCCCAGCUCAAUUCCUCCUGAUGGUUUUGCUAGCAUUGAAUCUUUUUAUUCAAGAUUCCACCAACUGCAAAAGAUCUUACAAGAGGAUUCAAGUGACAGUUCAUCUCUUAUUAGCAGCAACUCCGAUGAAGGUUCCUGCAGCACUGAUAACACUCGAGAUUCUUCCAGCACAGAUGACAUUUCUGAUUACAUAUUUGGUGAUUCAGGAUCUGGUUGGAACAGCCGUUGGAGGAAUUGUUCUGAUUCUGACAGCUCAUCACUCUCCUCUUGGCAUUCAGCCUUUUCCAACUCAGAACAAGCUGAUAACACGGGAUCAGGCAUGGAAGGUGCUGCUGGUCAUAGUACGAGUAACAGGCAGGUGGAUUUGGUAGGUAGGGGAAAUGCAUCAAUUUUGCAUUAUGACACGACUAAUAAACAAUGUAGAAAAUUAGCUAGUAGCAGUUGUAGAGACCGACUCAGAGAGCUUAGGAUGGAUUAGCCCUUUAAAUGAUGUAAAAUCUGUGGUAAAUUUUAGAAAAACAACUAAGGGAAGUAUAGAUUAAGCCAUUUUUAUUUAAAGGGGAGUAAAUAAGAAAUGGGGAGAGGCUGUAUGUAAUGUACUAUUGUAGCUGGCUUUGUUUAAAGAAUCAGCUGUCACCAUUUUGUCCAUGCCUUUCCCUCUAAUAAUGUGAUAGAGAAAUCUUUACAUAAAGAGUGUACAGUUGGAGAGGGAGCUCCCAUGAUGGAGACCCUAAAGGAGUGUAAAUCUAGUAACUCUUGCUUAUAUUCACUAAGGAAUGAAUAAGACUGACUGUUGCUAUUUUA